AUGAAGAAGAAGUGGUGUAAAAUGAAAUGGGUUGGUCUUCUGUUCCUGUGCUGCUUAUCAGCGUCUCUGCAAUUUUGUAUUGUUUCUUCAACUUCAUCUCCUCAGCCUCUGCUAACAAAUCAGGGUCAUCAAGAAUCUGCAACCUCAAGAACUUUGAAGCAAGAGCUGGAAGAUCCACCUGAGGUGCAUUGUUCUAGAGAAAGGAGUAGGGCAGCAUGGAAAAUAAUUCAGGAGUACUUGAUGCCCUUUGUAGAGAAAGAGCGGUAUCAGAUUCCAAGAACAUGCAAGCUACAUCCCAGCAAUGACCUGUACAGAGAUCAGGAAGAGCACAAAAGCCUUGUAGAAUUAAACGAUUGGCAAUGUGGAUAUUGUAAGAAAAGAUUUUAUGAUGAGAAAUUUCUUGAUAAGCAUUUUGACAACAGGCACUACAAUUUGCUGAAUGUGAGUCAUAGCAGGUGCUUGGCAAAUGUUUGUGGUGCAUUGCAUUGUGACCUCGCGAUGGAUUCUGUACCACACAAAAAGACUAAGUGCAAUCCUGCUGCUGCUGCGCGGAACAAACAUCUGUGUGAGGGUCUAGCUGAUAGUUGUUUUCCAGUCAGUAAUGGUCCUUCAGCAAGCCGUCUUCAUGAGUUCUUCUUGCGUCAAUUCUGUGAUGCCCACACUUGCACUGGAGGUCGAAAACCUUUCUCUCAAGGCCGCAGGAAGAAGAGGAGUAGCAUAUCCUACCUUGUUAUUUCCAUUCUAACUAUGCUGCUGCUGCUGCUUUUCUAUUCGUACAUUUACAUGUAUAGAAGUGGGGUGAAAAGGGGAACUCAAGAACUGAAGCGUCUCACACAAAGUGGAAGGAAGAAAAAGCCCAUUUAG